UCUCCAGAGUGAUUUCGGGGGGCGCCGGGAGACUGCCACGUGCAGUGCAGGGCGGAGCUGUGCCAGGGGCGCGUCAGACCGGAGCUGCUGCCCCCUGGCAGGGCGCCUGUCUGCGCCGGGGAGCUGCGGCACCGGAGGGGCCAGACUUGGGGGCACUAUGUCUAGACUGGGGGCCCUGGGUGGCAGUCGCGCCGGAUUGGGACUGUUAUUUGGUACUGCCGCCGGCCUUGGAUUCCUGUGCAUCCUUUACAGCCAGCGAUGGAAAAAGGCCCAGAGCCGUGGCCGGAGCCACAGUCUGCCCAAUUCCCUGGACCAUGCGCAGGCUUCAGAGCGCGGACGCCAGGUAAUGCAGUUGCGGGCCAUCCCAGGUGAAGCUGGAGAUGCUGCCGUGCUGCCGAGCAUCCCACAGGAGGGGCAGGAGAAGGUGCUGGACCGCCUGGACUUUGUGCUGACCAGUCUUAUGGCACUGCGGCGGGAGGUGGAGGAUCUUCGGAGCAGCCUGCAAGGGCUGGCCGGGGAGAUUGUUGGGGCUGUCCGAUCGCAUAUAGAAGAGAACCAGAGAGUGGCUCGGCGGCGCCGGUUCCCUUUUGCCAGGGAGAGGAGCGACUCCACCGGCUCCAGCUCCAUCUACUUCACCGCCUCCUCAGGGGCUGCACUCACAGACGCCGAGAGUGAAGGAGGCUACACAACAGCCAAUGCCGAAUCUGACUACGAGCGGGACUCUGACAGGGAGAGCGAGGACGGUGAGGAUGAAGUGAGCUGCGAGACUGUGAAGAUGGGGAGGAAGGAUUCUCUGGACCUUGAUGUGGAGGUGGCUUCAGGCCCAGCAUCUGCUGCCGUGGAGGCUGCUGGCUCUUCGGUCCCUGAGGAUAUGCUGCUGCUCCUGCAGCAGGCAGACGAGCUGCACCGGGGCAGUGAGCUGAACAAGCGCGAGGGCUUCCAGCUGCUGCUCAACAAUAAGCUGGCGUAUGGAAGCCGACAAGACUUUCUGUGGCGUCUGGCCCGGGCCUACAGUGACAUGUCUGAACUUACUGAGGAGGAGAGCGAGAAGAAGUCCUAUGCCCUAAAUGGAAAGGAAGAAGCAGAGGCUGCUCUGGAGAAGGGAGACGAGAGUGCUGAAAGUCACCAGUGGUAUGCAGUGCUUUGUGGUCAGCUGGCUGAGCAUGAGGGCAUCUCGAAGCGUAUCCAGAGUGGCUUUAGCUUCAAGGAACAUAUGGACAAAGCCAUUGCACUUCAGCCAGAAGACCCCAGGAGUCACUUUCUUCUUGGCAGGUGGUGCUACCAGGUCUCUCACUUGAGCUGGUUGGAAAAAAAAACAGCUACAGCCUUGUUCGAAAGCCCUCUUACUGCCACUGUGCAGGACGCGCUUCAGAGCUUCCUAAAGGCUGAAGAACUACAGCCAGGAUUUUCAAAAGCUGGACGGGUGUAUAUUUCUAAGUGCUAUAGAGAAUUAGGGAAAAACUCUGAAGCUAGAAGGUGGAUGGAGUUGGCUCAGGAGCUGCCAGAUGUCACUAAUGAGGAUUCAGCUUUCCAAAAAGACUUGGAAGAAUUGGAAGUAAUUUUAGGAAAAUAAUCACAUUUCAAUGACUUGAGGGUACUACUUAAAUGGAGAAAAAAAUCAAGUUGCGUUUUCCCCUGUGACACCACUGAGUUCAGGAAACAAGGCAAGACUGGUUUAGGGUAUGUCCCUCAACUUUCUAUGUUAUCAGUUAAUUUAUUAUAAUCUUUUGAUCUAAAACUGGGGAUUGACUUGCAGCUUAGGUUCCUGCUUUCUUCCUUUUAAGUGAAUUCUGGAAAAUCAAGACAGUAUAGCUAUAGGGGUAAGUGUGAAGACAGCCCAAGGGGCCAAGAGCUGGGGAUGAAGUAGCAGAACCACAAAACAAAGAGCCAUGGCAACAAAGCAUAGGACUCACUAUCUUUGCUAAUAUUCAGCACAUAUUUAUUGUUCUAAAGUAACACCCUCCCUAUGAGACAGGAGCGCCAGCACAGCCUCAUCCUGCCCUGCGACCACCCAUCAUGUAGACUCUACCUGUAUUCUUGGGGUGAGAGGCUGGACCACGUGAGUUCUGGCAGUUUUUGGGAUGACAGCACUGACAAGGGGUUUAAAAAUAUAUUUUGAAAAUGAUUUGAAGAGAAGCCUGGAAUAUUUUUUUUGGUACAAAUUUGAAAUAAACUAAAUUUGAUUAGAAGGA